GUUCUUGUAAAAUAAGUAAUUAUGGCGAAUAACCUUUCGAUAUCCUCGGGCGAAGAGGAUUAUUUAGCAGCAGCGAGUAAUAGAUUUAGGCAAGCGCCAGAUGAAUUAGUGGUAUCUUCCGAUGAUCAUACUGUCCAUGAUGAGGACAGUUAUGAUGAAUCGAAUUGUUCUUGGAAAACGGCGAUCAAUAGAAAUUCUAUCCGAUCGGCUAAGAAAAGGGCAAGGGUUAGGAGCAAUAGCGAUAGUACUCUAAAUACGAAGAACAGUAAAAUGCCUAAAUUCUCUACUCCCACGCAUUCAAGCAGGAGGGUAGUCAUUGUUGGUCUUGAAAAUAAGAAUAUUUGCAGAGCAAACCCAGUACAGGUGUUCAAAGAAAUUCAUAAUCUGGUAGGCAAUCUGAAUGGGAAAGAGAAAGUGAAAAAUAUGAUGAUUUUGAAAUGUGAGAAUGACAUACAAGUCAUGAAAUUGUUGGAACUAACCAAGCUUGCUGGUGUAGACGUUAAAGCAACGCGUUAUGAAGAUAAUCAUGAUUUUACAACGAAAGGUGUUAUUCAUAGAAUAGAUACACAGAUAAGUAAUGAGGAAAUUGCAGAAGUAUUGAAAGAUCAGAAGGUAAUUCAUGCUAAGCGUUUUAUGAAGAAGAUCGAUGGUGAAAUAGUACCAACCCCAUCAGUUCUCAUCACCUUCAAAGGCAAGGAUAAACCCGAGACAGUAAACUUUCUGUAUGAGCUUAAACGUGUGGACAACUUUAGUCCACCGGUGCCAAGGUGUCACAAAUGUCAACUUUUUGGGCACAUGAAGGAAAACUGCAAGGGUAAAUUGCGCUGUGUGAGAUGUGGAGGGGAACAUGAUUUUGAAGAGUGCCCACAAAAGGAAAAUCGAAAAUGCUUUAGAUGUGGAGAUAAACACUCGGCGGCGUAUCAAGGUUGCAAAAUUUACAUAGAGGCAAAACAAAUACAAAAGGUUAAAUUGAAGGAAAACAUUACAUACGCACAAGCGACUAGGGUGUAUCGCACUCAAAAAAAUGAAAUAGUGGGAGAGGAAAGUAAGACCAUUAGAACUAGCGACACUAAAGAAAACACUCAAAGGAAACUAAAGAAUGUUGGUCCCAUUUCAAAUUCAAUGGCAUCUGACCACGAAUCAAUCCAACAAUCAAAGAUUCCGCGCCCAAUCCGAGUACAAAGGAACAAUGAAGGAAGGCGGGAAAGAGAUAAGGAGUCAGGGCAAGGAACUGAGUCGAAUAACCAAAAGAAAGAUACUGUCAACACAUUAAUGAGUGUACCCAGGUAA